UAGAAAUGUUUGAAAAAAUAUAAUGUGCGGUUUAAAGGAAGAAAUAAGAGCUGGUAACAAUAUGAGAACUACAUUUUGGACAGAUAUGCCGAAAUUACAUCAACCCAUCACCAUUCAUGUCAAGUCGCCAAGGAGUAAUCUUCAAUUAAGUAGAUUCGACACUUUGAAGACCGACGUUGAAAAUCCGGAAGUAUCGGAUCCGGACGUGUCUUUGGUGAACAGUUUUAAUCCCGCAACCGAUAGUUUUCACGCUUCGAUCAGACCAAUCAUUCUAUUGGCCAAUUGUUUUUCGAUGCUUCCAGUUUCCGGUGUCAACAGUCCGGAUGCGUCCUAUCUAAAAUUCACCUGGCGUAGUCCUAAAUUAUUGUACACCAUUGCCUCGUUUUUAGGUUCUACCGUAAUGACCGUAUUUAACAUCUUACAAUUUGCUAACACGGGAUUUAAUUCCAUAAAGACGACUAGUUUAGUUUUUUAUGGGACAUCUUUGAUAGCAUCGUUGUUGUUCAUGAAAUUGGCAAAAUUGUGGCCAUGUUUGGCAUUGACAUGGGAAAAACUCGAACGUGAAUUUAUGUUCAGACAUCGUAAAGUUUCUCGCUUAAGUCUUGCUGGUAGAUUUAAAUUGAUCACAGCUAUCGUCAUGAUCCUGGCAUUAAUUGAACACACUUUGUCAAUAUUAAAGGGUUUUUCAUACGCAACAACUUGCGCAAAAUAUCGUGGAGAUUCCGAUAUAGUAGCUGAAUAUUUCGAAUCGCAAUUUCCUCAGGUAUUCUCGAGAAAGACAUACAGUUUAUGGAAAGCCAUAUUGGUGGACACGGUUAAUAUAUUGAGUACAUUCUCAUGGAAUUUCGUCGAUCUUUUUUUAAUUCUCGUAAGCAUGGCACUUGCUGAUCAAUUUCAACAAUUGAACAGUCGUCUUAAUUCCGUCAAAGGAAAGACUAUGCCGGAUUGGUGGUGGGCAGAGGCUAGAAACGAUUACAAUCAUUUGGCUGGUUUAACAAGAAGAGUCGAUUCUCAUAUAUCAGCUAUAGUAUUUUUAUCAUUCGCCACCGAUCUGUAUUUCAUUUGCAUCCAACUGCUGUUCUCAUUCAAUUUACAACGAAGUCACAUACAGAAGAUUUACUUUUGUUUCUCGUUUGGAUUUCUGCUAACAAGAACUACAGCAGUUUCAUUGUACGCGGCAUCCGUUAAUGAUGAAUCACGAUUACCAGCACCUAUACUUUAUAGUGUAUCUAGUGCCAGUUAUUCCACAGAGGUAAUGAGAUUUUUGACCCAAGUUACUACGGACAAUAUCAGUUUAACGGGGAUGAAAUUUUUCUCCGUAACCAGAGGCCUGGUAUUAACAAUAGCUGGUACUAUAGUCACUUACGAAUUGGUAUUGGUACAGAUAAAUAACAUACAACAAACUGUACAAUCUAACAUCACAAACAUUUGCGAGGUGGAAGAUGAGCAAUUGUACAACAACGGUAGUUCGGUUUUACUUUGAUGAUUAAUCCUGGCAGUCAACAAUGUAACGGCAUAGGCUCGAGCAAAGUGAAAUGCGAAUGAACCGAAAAAAUAUAUGCCACUUACAAUGUGCCCUUCCAUAGGUUCCCCUUCGAAUAAUAAAAUAAUUAAAAGAAAAAAAAAUACCAUAGAGUUAAAACAAAAAAGAACAAAAAGGUUGCGUAAAUUCAUGUAACAAAUUGUGUAACAUAAGAAAUAUGUUAAA